GCCACAUAGGCGCCCCGUAUUAGUGACGCCACAAUCUUUGUGUGGCAGUAGCUUAACUAAUAGGUACUUACCUGGUACUGUGGGAUCGAGUUUCAAUCUUCUUCAUCUUUUACAACCACAUUCACCAAACGAAACCCAUAAACUACACACCGAUUUCAUCCUAUUGAAAAUGGGUCUUGUCGACUACUCAGAUUCGGAAUCUGACUCUGAAGCCGUUGCUAAUCCCGCGCCGUCCUCGAAGCCAGUAACCGCAACAGCGAGUGGCAAGAAGCCUUUCCGAAAAGUUGUCGACCGAUCGAAGCCGGGCAAGAUUCUCAUCAACCUCUCCCAAAGCUCAUCCGGCAAAAAUGAGAGCGAAACAACAGAUGGCGCAAGCGAUGGGCUACCCUCUAAACGCGCCAAGAUAGGUGGAGGAGGCGGCGCCUUCAGCGGCUUCAACUCCCUACUCCCUCCCCCGAAAAAUGCAGGAAAGCCUUCAGUUGGGAGUAGUAGUGGGAAAGCACCACCAAGACCCGGAGUCAACCUAAAGACGGGCUCUGCGCCAGGAUUUAGUAGGGAGGUAGAUGGGAACAGCGAUGGAGGACACUACGACGAGACGAAUACCGGAGAUGCAGACGUUCCCACCAAACAGCCCUCCAUACCCGCCGAGCAGAAGCCAGCAGACGAAGUCAAGCUGGUAGGGAAACCGUUGAUGUUUAAGCCCCUUUCGGUAUCUAGGAAGUCAAACAAGAAAAAUACGACCAAGUUCAUAGCCACAACGUCAAGAAGCGCCGCUUCUACGAAAGAAACCCCUCAAACGAGCGAGCCAUCACCGCAGCAAGAAGUAGCAGCAGGGCCGCCCGCAAAAAAGCAAAAGAUAUCCCUCUUUUCCAUACCGGACGAAGCAACAGAAGAAGUCGAAGAGAACGCCGGUAACAGCAACGGCGCCUACGAACCUAUGUUCGACACCCAAGACACCUCGCCCGCCGACGAGUUCGCAGCCUACGACGCGCAGUUUGCAACAUCUUCUUCCUCUUCCGCCGCUCCUCCAUCAGCCACCACAUCCUCCACCCACCCCUCCCUCGACAGCAUCGCAUCCGAGAUGAACCUAUCCGCCACAGCGCGACGCGAGCUCUUCGGCCGCCGCGGGGCCCCCGACGCGUCCAUGGCCUCUAGCAAGGUCGUCAUGUUUGACACGGACCGCGAGUACGCGCACAAUGAGCAGCUGCGCGCCUCGGGCCAGCAGCAGGCCUAUAACCCCGUGCGCUCCAUCGCCACCGGCGGCAAGCACAACCUGCGCCAGCUCGUCACCCAGGCCCAGACUCAGCGCGAAGCCCUCGAGGAGAGCUUCGCCAAGGGGAAGAACAACCGGAACGAGGCCGGUUCACGGUACGGAUGGCGGUAAUUUUUACUAUCAUUAUUACUUGUCUCCCCGUGGGGAACCGUAUCAUACCUAUGUCCCAGUUCACGUAUGCGCUAUGCCGACCUACCUAAGGAGAAGAAGAAUAUGAGUUAGGAGAACAAGCUUUGCUUACAAAGGGAGGGAAAAUGUAAACCAUAAUCACGAUUACCGCAUGCAUGGCCUGGCGUUUUUGAUCAAGACAUUUAUUUUCAUAUUGAAUGCGCGGGUUUGGUUCUCGCGGACAAGAGAUAUCCCGAAUUUUUAAAUCUAUUAUGCCCGUUCAUCUAUAUUCAUUCUUAUUUGCAUUCUCAUUGUUUAUAUUCAUACUCGUAUCUCGCUCGUCCUCAUGAUUAUCCUACGGGAAACAAAAUCAAACACCAAAUGCCUACUACGUAGUACUGUAUAUACCUAGCACCUCCUAUUCCUACAUACGAACGAACAGCAAUCGUGUAGGUUAGGAGGCACGUAUGUUAC